AUGUUCGUGCGUUCCGAGAUGUUCGUGCGUUCCGAGAUGUUCGUGCGUUCCGAGAUGUUCGUGCGUUCCGAGAUGUUCGUGCGUUCCGAGAUGUUCGUGCGUUCCGAGAUGUUCGUGCGUUCCGAGAUGUUCGUGCGUUCCGAGAUGUUCGUGCGUUCCGAGAUGUUCGUGCGUUCCGAGAUGUUCGUGCGUUCCGAGAUGUUCGUGCGUUCCGAGAUGUUCGUGCGUUCCGAGAUGUUCGUGCGUUCCGAGAUGUUCGUGCGUUCCGAGAUGUUCGUGCGUUCCGAGAUGUUCGUGCGUUCCGAGAUGUUCGUGCGUUCCGAGAUGUUCGUGCAUUCCGAGAUGUUCGUGCAUUCCGAGAUGUUCGUGCGUUCCGAGAUGUUCGUGCGUUCCGAGAUGUUCGUGCGUUCCGAGAUGUUCGUGCGUUCCGAGAUGUUCGUGCGUUGUGACGCUCAAACUUUCGUCACCAUAGACUUUGCAUUGAAAGCCGAGGCAGCAUGA